AUGUACGAGAACGAGAUCAAGUUGUUGUCAUGCGACGGAGGCGGCGUUCGUGGCGUGUCAGGUCUACUCACUUUGCUGGUGUUGACGCAAGUUGAAGUUGCGUCAACAGCAGCAGUCUCUAUGGGACCAGGCUUGAUCCGCUCGGAGCCCUCCCCGCUCGUUGUCUCACGUCUCUUGCUUGAUUUGGUCGCCAGGACAAGCACUACGGGAAUCAUUGCCACUGUGUUUGCGAACUUGAACAAGUUGCUGAUUGAUGUACCAAAUGAGCUAUCUUACAUAUUGUCUCAACUUCUCAUUUUUCCGGGCAUCCCCAAGACUCAAUUUACUGUCGUCAACCGACCAGCCUUUGGUGUUCCGACCUUCGACAAGAUCUGUGGUAGGGAGAAAUAUCGCGCCACGGAUAUGUUGCGGACGAUGAGAAUCCUGACGGAAGCAAUUGAUCAUCUAACCGGAGAGACAAGAUUCCGAAACAACAUUGUUCACCAAGGCGAGAAGACUUAG